GAGCCGCCUGCCAGUUGUGCAAAUAUUGCCGGAACGGCUGCAAUCCCCAUGUCCAACGUGAAUUAUGAGAUAUUUCCACCCAUUACGACAGCACCCCCCUCCCCGCCUGUAUGUGCGAGGCCGGGGGGAAUUAGUCACGGGGCAUGGCUUCGUUGUGCACAGAGCUUUGGGGAGGCCACAGUGAGUGAGGUGAGGGGGGCUCUUUUUGGAGAGGGGGGUGUCCCUGUGGCUCCCCAGCUCUGGUUGGGUCCAGCCCCCGUUACUCACGGCACGGGGUGCCAAGGUGCCUGGAGGAGGAUGGAGGCUGUGGGAAGGGGUUAGGGCGUGCGGUUUCGCUUCGACCCCAUCCCUGGGGAGAAGAGGCUCCUUCCUGCCACCCCGAGCCCGGCUCAUGUUCAAAGCCUGAAGCAGACAGCAGCUAAUAGGGACAGACAAUAGGGAGCUGUGUGGGGCGGCAGUGCUGGCACAGGCACCCCGAAGCCAGGCACGGCACCACUGGGCAGAGAGGGACGGGAUGGUGGCCCCUCCGAGUGACCCCUCGUGGCCACAUGGCCACAGAGCCCACAGCCCACGCAGAGUCCACAGGGGAGCAGCAUCAUCGGUGCGCCCACCCUGAUGUGCUCCCGGCACCCCCAUGCCAUGGAGCCGGGCACCUGCUCCAGCUUAUGGGGUGGUACAGAGCGGCCGUGGCUGCCUGGCUCUGUCCCCAUGCAGCUCCAGCUGCCCGCAGCCGGCAGCCCUGUCCCAUUGGGGCUGUGCCGGCGCCAGGCCGGGCUGCAGGGAGCCUCAGAGCCGCCUUUGUGCCGGGAGCUCCCAGUGCAUGUGCGGGCGCUGGGAACCAGCUGGCGGCACCAGGAUCACUUCCCACCCCAAAAGCACAGAGACCCCUGGGGGGCACUUCCAGGACUUUCACGGCCGUGUGGGGCUGUGGGGCAGGGAUGCCCGUGUGCAUCCUAUCUCAUCCCAUGCCCGUUUCCUCCCAACCCACGUGCUCCUGCUGUAGCAAUGACACCUCGCUACCCCCAUGCCCUCCUCGUGCCUCAGUCUCCCCCAUGCCAAGGCCAUGGCUCUCCCGGCUUUCCUUCCUUCCCGGGAAAGGGGAGGGAGCUUCCCCUGUUGCUUCCCCACAUCCCCGCAGCAGAGCCAGGAGACUGUGACGAGCUCCGGGUGCGCGGAGCCAGCGGCAGAUUCCUGGCACCGGCAGGGCGGCCGGCAGCCAUCGCCCGCCUCCUCCUCCCCGCUCAGCCCUGCUCGCUCCCCGCCGUUCCCCCCAGGCUGCACCACGGUGGUGGGCACCAGGCGGUGACGCUGGCACGGCCACGCAGCCCCCAGCCCUCCCCUGUCACCGGAUCCCAGGCCAACAGGGACAACGGGAGAGAGGAGCAGGGACAGGCCUUCCCAUGGUGUCUGCUCCCUGCCCACCACCGCUGCUGCCCUCAUCAGCCUGGGCACAUGUGGGUGAAGACCAGGAUCCGUGCUGGGUGCUGCUCCCAUACCCUCAGCCACGGCACCUCCCUGGGACCCCAGGUCUUGUUCCCAUGCUUGUGGGAACGGUCCUGUGGUCCUGCUCUGGGAUUGCCCUCUGCACUGGGAUUUGGGGAUGCCAAAGGCACAUGGUGUGGGGUGCGUGAGUCUGACAUCACAUGGCGCAGCGCAGAUUUGGGGGGAUGCUGAAGGGAGAUGUGCCUUUUGUCUGAAGUCAGACACCUCCUUGGGGUGUGGAGGAAAUGAGGGCUUGCAGGGGCCUUAUGUCAUGGGGGAGUGUGGGGAGGGAUGUGGAUUGGGAUGUACUCAUAGUGUCCAGUGCACAGGAAUACCCCAAGUCCCACAGAGGGGGGUGUGGUUUGGGUUCUGCAUUGCCCCAGUGAGUGUUGUGUGGAUGUGAGGGGGUCCCCUGCAUGCCAAGCUUGACCAGGGGCAUGUGGGUGAAAGGGUCCAGGGUCCAGUGGGAGCUCCAUACCCGAAGUACUCCACGUCUGGGAGGGGACCAACGGUUCAGGGGGGGUCCCAGCCCAGAGAUGCUCCAUGCCAAGGGGUCUCCGUGGUGCUUCACAGACAGGGGUCUCCCUAGCAUACCUAUGGGCGGAGGUACACUAUUCUCCCAGAGCGGGGGCUCAGUGGCUGGGGGGGUCCCUAUGCCCGGUGGGCCG